CGUUUUCUCUCUCGAAAUAUAAUUAAAACAAAAAAAAAGUCAAUCAAGUUCAAUACUACUUGGCCACCUUCUUCUCUGCCUGCUUAAACCUUAGACGACAGCAGCAGCUUAGCAUCAAGCGGAAGAUAGAGAUAUUCACGUGGCCGCGUCUCGUUGACUUCUAUGGAUCUCCAAAGCGCUGACGGAGUGCGAAGAAAUUCGACACUGAUAUGUGCACCGAUAAUGGCAGAAUCAGUUGAUCAAAUGUUGGUUCAAAUGAAAAGGGCGAAGGAGCUUGGGGCCGACCUUGCUGAAGUUCGGGUGGAUUUCUUGAAGAAUUUCAGUCCUAGAAAUGAUCUCGAAGCCUUGAUUAAACAAUGCCCUUUACCCACUCUUAUCACUUACAGACCGAAAUGGGAAGGCGGUCAGUAUGAUGGUGAUGAAAACAAGCGACAAAAAGCACUGCAGCUAGCCAUGGAAUUGGGAGCUGAUUUUAUAGACAUCGAACUUAAGGUAGCUCACGAGUUUUAUAAUUUCAUUCGAGGGAAGAAACCUGAAAAGGUCAAGAUCAUUGUUUCUUCACACAACUACGAAUGCACUCCCUCCAUAGAGGAAAUAGGUGACCUUGUGGCCAGGAUACAAGCUACUGGAGCUGAUAUAGUGAAGGUUGCAACAACUGCUUUAGACAUUACAGAUAAUGCACGGAUGUUUCACAUAAUUGUGAAUUUACAAGUUCCAAUGAUAGGACUUGUUAUGGGCGAGAGAGGUUUAAUGUCAAGGGUGCUUGCUGCAAAAUAUGGAGCAUUUCUCACUUUUGGUUCAAUUGAGGCAGGAGUGGUGUCUGCUCCAGGGCAACCAACUGUCAAAGAUUUAUUGGAACUUUACAAUCUUAGACAGAUUGAAGCUGAUACCAAAGUACAUGGUGUUAUUGGGAAUCCUAUUGGUCAUAGCAAAAGUCCUCACCUCUAUAAUGCAGCAUUUAAGUCAGUUGGCUUUAAUGGAAUCUAUCUGCCUCUGUUGGUUGAUAGUGUUGCAAAUUAUAUAUCCACGUAUUCAUCUCCAGACUUUGCAGGAUACAGUUAUACAAUUCCUCACAAAGAAGAUGGACUCAAGUGCUGCGAUGAGGUCGAUCCAAUAGCGAAGGAAAUUGGAGCUAUUAGUUGCAUGAUUAGGAGACCGGAUGACGGGAAACUAAAGGGCUACAAUGUUGACUAUCUUGGAGCCAUAGCAGCUAUUGAGGAGGCAUUAGGAGCAUCCAAUGGUGCCCCUGCAUCUGUUUCACCGUUGGCAGGUAAACUCUUUGUUGUCAUGGGAGCUGGUGGAGCUGGAAAGGCCCUUGCUUAUGGUGCAUAUGAGAAAGGAGCAAGAGUUGUUGUUGCCAACCGCACAUAUGGCAAGGCCAUGGAGCUUGCCAGUAAAGUAGGAGGACAAGCGAUUGCUCUAGCCAAACUAAAAGAUUUUCAUCCAGAAGAAGGAAUGAUCCUUGCAAAUACCACAUCUGUUGGAAUGAAACCAAGAAUAGAAGAUACACCACUUGCUAAGGAAGCUUUAAAACACUAUGCGCUGGUCUUCGACGCAAUUUACACUCCGAAACUGACCACCCUCUUAAGAGAAGCACAGGAGGCUGGAAGCACCAUUGUUUAUGGGACAGAGAUGUUCAUCAACCAAGCAUUUGUACAGUUUGAAAGUUUCACUGGUUUGCCUGCACCAAAGCAACUCAUUAGAGAUGUGUUAGCAAGGAAUACAUAAGAGGGAGUUUUUUUGUUUUGUUGUUGUUGAUUUACGUCCAAGUUUUAACGACUGCUGAAUCCAUGUUUUGCAGCCAAGUCAUGUCCAAAUGUAGUGAAAGGUGCAAAUCAGCUGUUUGAUAUUAUUCUGUUGUGCCAAUAAAUUUCAUUUUCAAAA